AUGGCAAAAGAACCAGAAAAUCAAACAGUCGUCAUUGAAUUUCUUCUGCUAGGAUUUGGAGAUCUCGGAGACUGGCAGAUUCUCCUUUUCCUGCUCUUCUUGGUGAUCUACAUUGUGACCAUGAUUGGGAAUAUCCUCAUUGUUGUGCUGGUUGUGGUUGAUCACCGCCUUCACACUCCCAUGUACUUCUUCCUGGGCAACUUGUCCUGCCUGGAGACCUGCUAUAGCUCCAAUAUCCUUCCAAUGAUGCUGACCAAUCUCUUCAGUGGGGGCCGAAGAACUAUUUCUGUAACUGACUGCAUAAUACAAUAUUACUUCUUUGGCUUCUUGGCAGCUUCUGAAUGUUAUCUCCUAGCAGCAAUGUCCUAUGAUAGGUACGUGGCGAUAUGUAAGCCCCUGCUCUACACUGUACUUAUGAAUGGCAGAGUUUGCCUCCAGCUAAUAGCUGGAUCUUGGAUCAGUGGUUCCUUGGCUAUUAACAUAACUAUAUAUUUAAUGCACCAAUUAAGGUUCUGUAGCCACAAUGAAAUCAACCACUUCUUUUGUGAUUUCAAUCCGAUAUUAAAGCUCUCAUGCAGUGACACACAUAUGAUUGAACUUUUAACAGCCUUCCUGGCUGGUGUAUGUUCCUUGCCUCCCUUCUUGUUGACCUUGGCAUCUUAUGUCUAUAUCAUAUCUACCAUUGUGAGAAUCCCAUCCAUCAGUGGCAGGCAGAAGGCUUUCUCAACUUGCUCCUCACACCUCACCAUAGUGUCCAUUUUCUAUGGCACAAUCAUGAUUGUCUACAUGUUGCCCAAAACAGACGCACUGCAAGACCUCAACAAAGUCUUCUCUCUCUUCUACACAGUCCUGACACCUUUGCUCAAUCCCCUGAUCUACAGCCUGAGAAACAGGGAGGUUAAGGAGGCCUUCAGAAAAUUCAUCACUAAAUUUUGUGUCAUUGAAAGACAGUGA